AUGACGCUCUCGGUGGCCACCGCGCGCGCCCAGCUCGCCAAGCACACGUCCUCGUCGGGCUCGUCCCCGGUCGUCGCCAUCUGCGGCGGCGGCAAUGGCGCGCACGUCGCCGCCGGCUACUUGGCCUCCAAGGGCCUCCGCGUCCACGUGCUCACGCGGCAGCCCGACUUGUGGUCGGAGGAGAUCCGCAUCUCGACCAAGGGCAGUAGCUGGCAGGACAAGGGCGACAUUCUCGGCCGUCUCACGCUCGUGACGAGCAACGCGGCGCAGGCGAUCCCGACUGCCGACAUCAUCUUUGUGGCCGCGCCCGCGAACGCGCACCCGGCGAUCCUCGAGAAGAUCGCGCCGCACGUCAAGGCCGGCGCGGUCCUCGGCGCGCUCUUCGCCCAGGGCGGCUUUGACUGGGCGGCCAAGCGCGCGCUCGGUGCUACGACCUUGGAUCGCCUGAGCAUGCUCUUUGGCCUCCAGAACAUUCCGUGGAUCUGCAAGGCGACGACGUAUGGGAAGGAAGCCAAGAUCAUUGGCCCCAAGAAGUGUCUCUACGUCGCAGCGUACCCUGUCGAGAAGAAGGACGCGGCCGCGCGCAUCAUGGAAGACCUCUUUGACAUUCCGUGCACGACAGUCGCCAACUUUUUGAAUCUGACGCUCACGCCGUCCAACCAGAUCAUCCACCCCGCGCGGUACUACGCCAUCUUCCGCGACUGGGACGGCAAGAAGACGUACACGAAGGAGCAGCUUGCGCAGCGCAAGGGCCUCACCCUCUACGCCGACUUUGACGAAUUUUCGGCCGAGCAGCUCUCGAUGCUCGACAACGAACUCCAGCAGGUCAAGCUCGCGCUCCUCCAGCGCUUUCCCGCGCUCGACUUGUCGGACGUUUUGCCCAUGGACGCCCGUGUCGUCAAGCAGUACGGAGACGAUGUCUCGGAUCGGAGCUCGCUCAAGGCGAUCUUCGAGUCCAACUUGGGCUACCAAGGCUGUGUGACACCGCUCAACGAGGUGUCGCCGGGUCAGUUCCACCCGGCGGUCGGGUCGCGGCUCUUUUGGGAAGACAUUCCGUACGGUCUGUGCAUCUUGAAAAACAUGGCCGAGAUGCUCGGCAACUUCCCGACGCCGCGCAUCGACUUUAUGAUUCGCUGGCACCAGCAGUUUAUGGGCGUCCAGUUCCUCAACGAAGACAGCCAGCUCAACCCGCGCGAGAUUUGGCGCACCGGCGCGCCCAACAAGUACGGCAUCCACGACAUUGAGGACCUCGUCGAGACGUCGCUGCCGCGUGAGAUGCACGGCUACAAGCACCCACGCUCGCGCAUGUAA